AUGGGAGUCUAUCUAUCAUCCCCAAUCACCGAAAAGUUUUCGGAUGAUGGCCAAGGAAGGAACUUCACCUAUGGAGCAUCAUCUAUGCAAGGAUGGAGACUAACGCAAGAGGAUGCCCAUAACUGCCUUGCAGAUUUUGAUGAGAACACCAAAACAGCCAUGUUAGCCGUGUAUGAUGGGCAUGGAGGUUCAGAGGUUGCAGAAUAUUGUGCUUUGCACCUUCCAGACUAUGUAAAAAAAUUACCCAGUUACAAAGAUGGACGAUUGGGGGAUGCACUUCGUGAGGCUUUUCUUGGUUUUGAUGCCACAUUGAUCACAGAAGAAGUUGUGAAAGAGCUUAAAAUGUUGGCCAAUAUUGACAAAGGCAAAACAAUUGAAAGGUCAAAUGCACUAAAACCAAGAUUCUACCAUGAUUCUUCUUCUUCGUCGUCUUCUUCAUCAUCGAUUUAUUCCCCAGUUUCAGAUGAAGAGGCACAUGAUGAAAAUGAGGCAGAUAUGCUGAGAGCUGAUGCCAACAUUCCCAUUGAAGAAUUAGUGGCCAAAUAUGCCAAACAGGGAGUUCCCCAAGUAGCUGCAACCAAAAAACAGAAGGUUGAAGAUUCACCGGCUAUCCGCUCAAAAAAGGCAAAUAUUAUUGGUAAAGGAAGUGGCAGUGGUGAAGAUGGUGAAGCCGACAGCAACAUGGAUGACAUGGUUGAUUCAAGUAGUGGUAUCAACAAAAUCACAAAUGGCCAUGCUGAUAAUGAGAACAACUUGAACACAGAAAAAGAAUUUAAUGACAGGAAUUCUGAAAGCAAAAACAAUGAUGAUGAUGAUGAUGAUUUAGAAGACAAAUGUUCAGAGACUGAUUCCAAAGAUAAUUCAGCAAAAGAAACUGAUGCAAAAGUUAGCACGUCAAGCAAAGAAGAUGAAGCUGGAACCUCCAAAGUUGAUGACCUUCCUGAAGCUGCUUCUUCUUCCAUGUCCGUCUCAUCUUCAGAAGUACAGAGUUCAAGUUCAGCAUCUGGGAGUGUUAAAGAGGAAAAACCUGGGUCAUCAAAUGAAGAACCAUCGGGAAGUGGGGAACCACAGCCUGGUGGCUCAGGGUGCUCAUCCUCCAAAAAACGAUCCCUACAUGAUUUUGAUGAAAUGGAUGAUGAGGAAGAUGAAGACGAGGAUGAAGAUGAUAUAGAUGAAGAUAUUGAAGGCAUUGAAGGAAUGAUGGAUGAUGGUGAAGAAGAUGACAGUGACUUGGAUGAAACUGAUGAAGAAUAUGAGGGAUGUGACAGCAGUGAUGAAAAUUCAUUUAAAGAUGAGGAUGAUGAGGAUGAAGAAGACGAAUGUGAUGAAGAUGAUGACUAUGAUCACCAUAACAUGAUAAAAGAAAGUGAUGAGCCUGGGAUGGACAGUGGGUGCACUGCUGUAGUUGCCUUGCUGAGAGACCGGGAACUUGUAGUAGCCAAUGCAGGAGAUUCUCGUUGUGUGUUGUGUCAUGAAGGCAAAGCUGUUGACUUAUCCAUUGACCAUAAACCAGAGGAUGAAGAAGAGAAACAACGGAUUGAAGCAGCUGGUGGCAAAGUGACUGGUGAUGGACGUGUCAAUGGAGGACUGAAUUUAUCUAGAGCCAUUGGCGAUCAUUCAUAUAAACAAAAUGCAGAUUUACCGCCUGAGGAACAAAUGAUCACAGCAUUACCUGACAUCCAGAGUCGAACUAUAGAUGACGAAGAUGAGUUCUUGGUUCUUGCUUGUGAUGGAAUAUGGAAUUUCAUGUCUAGUCAAGAAGUUGUUGACUUUAUACGAGAACGUCUGAAAGAUCCUGUUAAACAAGCCAAGUUGUCUUUGAUUUGUGAAGAGAUCUUUGACUAUUGUUUGGCUCCAAACACAAUGGGUGAUGGCACGGGUUGUGACAACAUGACUUGUCUUAUUAUUGACCUUCAACACCGUUCUGCAGGCAGCAGCAAGCGAAGCUCAGAUCAGCUGGAAACAUCCACAGACUCCACAGACAAAAAGGACAGUGAUGAAAGUGAACAGUCUGUGAAGCGACCCAAGCUCACUGACAGCAGCGAUUAG